ACUAAUGGCGUUAGUGGCACCAUAGUACAAGGCUGUCCUUACAAGCGCCUCUCUGGCUGGAGCAAACAAGGCCUUCUCCUUCUAGGGCUCCUCUCUUCGACUCCAGCGUUUAGGGCUCGCAGAUCCCAGCUCCUGGCGAUGGCGACGCAAUGCCGCGGCGAUCAAUGCGGCAGGCGCUGGAGCGCGCGCCUCUCUCCGGCAGUGUGCUCCAGCAGCAGGGGUGUGAGAUCACGAUGAUCGGCAGCACAGUGGAAAAGAACAAGCGGCCAGCGGAGGAAUCACAGGGUGCGGGGUGCCACGCAUUGAUUUCCAGCGGUGCGCGGUACUAGUAGGUCCUGCAUUGAUGCGCGGCUCGCUUCUUUCGUUCCAUUCAUGAGAUAGCGGUGCGGGGGAGUGACAAAAGCUCUCUCGAGGCUCGAGUUUUUUGCAUACUAGGUACUGGUGGUCCGGAUAAAAGUCAAAGGGGACUUUUACGAGCUGAGAUCACAAAAGCAGGAAGAAAGAGGACUUGUCCAUCCUUUCGAAUCGAUUCCAUGGCUGGAUACUUCUACUACUGCUAAGGUGCUGGUUUUCUUCUUCGAUCUAUAGGAUUUGCUGCUGCUGCUUCUCGCUAGCAAUGGGAUCCUGCUUGUCCAGCGAGAGAGGAGCGCAGCAGAAUGGUGCUCCUAGUAGAUCUUCCCGGAAGACCUUGAAGAGGGAAGCAAAAGAAGUUCUUGCUGUAGAGGCCAAGAACGAUCAGCAGCUGGCUUGUUUCCCGGGAAGAUUGUGUACAAACGGAUCAAGUAAUUCGUGCUGCCUCUUCUCGCAGCAAGGGAGGAAGGGGGUGAACCAAGAUGCCAUGAUCGCUUGGGAGAGCUUUGCUUCAAGAGAGGACACCGCAUUUUGUGGUGUCUUUGACGGGCAUGGACCGUAUGGGCAUCUAGUGGCUCGCAGAGUCCGCGAUUCACUUCCACUCAAGCUGGUUCUUAACUGGCAAGAGUCCGAAUGUGCGAAGAACGACGAGAUCAAGAUCCCGUCGAAGAGAAACGACGAAGAAGGUGAUGAAGCCGCUGCUGAGUACGAUUUGUUCUGCACCUGGAAGGAUUUGCACUUGAAGGCAUUCAAAGUUAUGGACCGUGAGCUUCAAGUUCAUCCAUCCAUCGACUGCUUCUGUAGCGGGACGACAGCUGUGACUGUGCUCAAACAGGGCCAGGAUCUCUUCAUUGGAAAUGUUGGAGACUCGCGAGCCAUUCUAGGAACUACUGCUGAGGACGGCUCCUUCUCAGCAGUGCCUUUGACAGUGGAUCUGAAGCCGAAUCUUCCCAAGGAGGCCGAGAGAAUCCGUCAAUGCAAAGGUCGAGUUUUUGCUCUCCAUGACGAGCCGGAAGUUCAUCGGGUGUGGCUGCCGCACGAGAACUCUCCUGGCCUCGCAAUGGCCAGAGCGUUUGGAGACUUUUGCUUGAAAGACUUCGGCGUGAUCGCUGUUCCAGAGGUAUACUACCGCCGACUGAGUGACCGAGACAAAUUCGUUGUGCUAGCGACAGACGGGGUGUGGGAUGUUCUUAGCAACGAGGAAGUCGUCAACAUCAUAUCUUCACACCCGACAAGAAGCACUGCAGCGAGGACUCUUGUAGAGGCGGCCGUCCACGCGUGGAUGCUCAAGUAUCCAACCUCCAAGAUCGACGACUGUGCGGCGGUGUGUCUGUUCUUGGACACCGUCACGGUUUCUCAGGCCUCGAAUGGAGACAACGAGAACAAGACGAUAUCAACAGCAAGUCUUAGCUCAGCUCGCAGCUUUGCCGGCAUCACAGUGUCAAAAGGCUCCAGUGACGAAGAAGGAUCAAAAGAAGCUCCAGCAGUGGCAGCAGUGACAGGAGACGAGAAAGAUUCAAGAGACGAUGCGACGAGUAAAACCGGCGAGGAAGAGUCAUCCAAGUCGGAGUGGUCGGCUCUUGAAGGCAUCACCAGGGUGAACUCGCUGCUAAGUUUGCCGAGGUUUUUGCUGGGGGACAAGAGGCUCGGUGGCUCCAAGAGGAGGCGUUGAAGAAAGUAGCAGGGGAUCAAAGAGACCAUUCCUAUAAUCUUGGAGCUUCAAUCCAAGCACAGGAUUAUGCGAUAUGGUGCUUGGAAAUGGGAACAAAUUUGAAUUAAGGUUAUAUUAUUCUAUUAAGCGGUUAAGUUAUGCAAGUUCGAA